AAUGCGCAUUGUCAAACCCGCGCGAAAGCAUUUCUACAAGCUGGCCUAUGUAGGCAGGCCUAACAUUUGAAACCUCUAGAAAGGCAUCAAGGCGUUUGUUUGGCUGUCUUUAAUUCUCCUCGCUCACGGCCGUGAUUCGGCUCAGGUUUGGAGCCGAAUAAUGCUGUUUUCUUGUAGCACACCAUCAUAAUACCUGGCACAGUUUCGUUGCAUCAAACAUCGCUAAGUAGGAUACAUGUCGAUCUUGGGUGGCAUUUUUCUUGCACAUAGACGGCGGUCAACAGGCAGGAGGCAUUAUCACUGCUAAAUUUGAUUCACUGCAUCGACGAACACAGCGUCGCCAGUCUCACAGCUGCGACUCAUCCAAACUCCUCCAUCUCCAACGUCAGCGAGAAACCUUCCACAUUGGCGACAUCAGAGAGAUCUCACAUAUCUUUCACAUCGGCGAUUGUGACCCCUUCAGCUUUCGAGUUAACCCCCGACACCGCCGCCAUGUUUUCAACAUUUACUGGUAACUCCAAACGACCUCGGAACGUGAACCUUAGUGGACAAAAAGCUACGAACCCGUGGGCAAAUUCGGGCUGGAAUGCCGCACCUUCAGGAGCUUCGCAGACUGUGGUCAAUGCUCAAGCAGAAAGGGAAAAGAGACAAAGAGAACGGGACCAGAUUGCUGCUUCAAGGCAAAUCCAGCGCGUGUGGAGGGGACACAAGAUUCGCACGGAUGUCCGGAAUCAGCGACGAAGAGAUUGGGACGACUUGUACAAGCAGAAUAUCAACCCACAAGAUCGCGUCAUCAAAGCCCUACCUCUUAUAAACACUUUCUUCGACCCAGCCGAAUCCAAGGAUCAAGAAAGACUGGACGGUUUUGUGGAUGAUCUUAAAGUUUCUGGCAGAGUGGACCUGCACGACCGUCAAUGGCGAACUUUGACCACAGUCUUGGUGGCGGCGUUAGAACCGCGGUCGAUAAACACUUCGCAGCGUCUUCUUAGUCUGCUGGUAGACAUUAUCAAAGAGAAACCAUCUUCGGUCGCUCGUAUUUCGGACAGAUACUACCAACUGAUCAUAAAGUACUGCACGCAAAGUGGCUUUGAUAACCAACCCAAUAUUUCUACCAGCAACGAGGAAUUGCUCGCCACUGCCAUAUCGGCACCUUUAGGCCAGACAGGAACAGAAUCGUACGAGGCGUUUGCUUUCUCCUUCUUGACAUCACCAAGCUUGGUAUUUCUGCAGCGCAACCCUUCACAGGUCACCAGAUUUCUGAAUAUUCAGGCAUUGUCCCAGAGCAUUAUUGUUGGGCUAGUACAACAUGAACGAGCCCAUCAACGAUCUCGCGACGAUCUUUUGUGGUUACUGGCCCAUUUCAUUGCUUUGAAUCGAGCGUCAUUAGCAUCACAAGGCUCCGCAUAUCUUGAGGCUCUUUAUCGACAAUUGACUGAGCUAUCUUCAGACAUCCGAUUACGCGGUAAUCCACAACAUGACGACGAGGAGUCUGAUGACGAAGCCGAUGUUUCCGACCUAAAGUCUAUUGGACCUUUACCCCCAUAUGUCACAGAUCAGCUAGACUCUCUUGUUAGUGAAGACUGCAUUACAGAGCUCCUAAGUCGCUUCACCUCUACUUCUGUGUCAAGUGUUCAGAUGUCUGAAGACGCAAGUUUGUUGGCUGGUUACACAUUGGUUCUACUCCGCUGCUUCCCAAGCCAUGGCGAUGACAUCAAGAUACGCCUUUUCCAGGGCGAUGUCACUACACAGGACUCUGCUAUACCUACAACUGUGCCCUCAGUUAAGUUCUUGUGGAAGGCAGUUUUAGGUACACACAUCUUUUCUGCGAUAGCACACAAGGAAGCUGAACAGAAAUCGAAAGCCGUCGUAUCUCUCUUACAGCCAGAUCCUGCUCGGGACCAAGAGUGGCGUACUCUGCUCUUGUUCCUUGAACUUUAUAAUUUCCUUCUCCGUGUGACUGACGACGAGGAUUUCCUACCCAGGGAGAACGAGGUCCAUUCUGUUCAAAGCCCAGCUGUCUUGCGUAUACGGGGCAGCAGUCUGAACCUGGCAGAACUUAAAGAACUGGUCUCGUUCUUGAAGAACCUUGCCUUCCCACUCUAUUACAACCUCAACGAUAUUAUGCCAUCCACUACACAUUCGGCAAAGACGGAUGUCUCUGUACUCUUCGGCUCUUCAGGCGGCAACACUCAAAUCGUACCUGAGAAAGUCGCCACGUCAUUUGCCGGUAUUCAGGGUAUGGAUGUUCUUGAACUGAGAACGUCGGCAACUGCUACUAUGCGCUCACUUUAUGAGCGAGAUUCCCGUAGGCCUUUCUUGCAAGAAGGCUUUUGGCUCAUGACGUCCCGUUUUGACAUGGAUGGGUUCCUAUCCGCUGUCGUUCUGGAGGAACAAAGGAAGGCUGAAGCCGAGGACGAAGAUGAGGAAAUGAGUGAUGUCGAUGUGGACGCUUCGCAGGGUUUCCGUACUGCUCAUGGUCAUCGCGUCUCACGCUACGCUCAAAUCGAAAGAACCAGGCAACACAGAAGGGCACAACGAGAAAAGCUUCUCGCCCAGGUCGGGCCCAAGCUUGAAAUCCUUCGACACAUGCCAUUUACAAUUCCAUUUGAGGUUCGCGUACAAAUCUUCCGUCAGUUUGUGCAGCUUGAUAAACAAAAGCGAAGGAAUGGCUAUAUUGAUGCUGAUCAGUGGCGUAUGUCUGUUCUUCAUGGACCAUCCAGCCAUGGAGGGCGAGAUGUCCUCGGGCGACAUUCUGCGACGAUUAAGCGUGGUCAGCUGUUCCACGAUGCAUAUGACCAGUUCUGGUCGUUGGGUGAAUCACUCAAAGAACCCAUUCAGAUCACAUUUGUUGAUCAAUUCGACCAACCAGAAGCUGGCAUCGACGGUGGUGGCGUAACUAAAGAGUUCCUGACCAGUGUCACCAACGAGGCGUUUAACCCAGAGCACCACGGGCUCUUCGUGACCAACAGCCAGAACCUACUGUAUCCAAACCCCACAGCAUAUGACGAGCGCAUGGAGACACUUAGAUAUUACGGCAUCCCAGAAAACUCUCUCGAAUGGAAUAACCGGCUACAAGACCUCUCAAAGCAAUACGAGUUCUUGGGACGUGUAGUUGGCAAGUGCAUGUACGAGGGAAUCCUCAUUGACCUUGCAUUUGCCAGCUUUUUCCUGUUGAAGUGGUCUUCAUCUAGUCAAAGUUCAUCGGAUUUCCGGGCUAGUCUGAACGACCUACGAGACCUCGACCCUGAUCUAUACAAGGGCUUAUUAAAUCUGAAGAACUACCCUGGGGAUGUUACGGAUCUUGCUCUGGAUUUUACCAUCAACGAUCGUGUUGCGAAUCCGGAGACAGGUCAAAUCAAGACAAUUACUCGUCCUUUACGGAAAGAUGGCGAGAACAUUCCUGUCACCAACAAAGAUAGGCCACUCUACAUCUCAUAUGUAGCACGCCAUCGACUGGUAGCUCAACCAUUCCAACAGACCAAAGCUUUUCUGCGCGGCCUAGGGAGCAUCAUUGAGCCAUCAUGGUUGUCCAUGUUCAACCAGUCAGAACUUCAACGCCUCGUAGGUGGUGACAGCUCGGAAAUUGAUGUGGAAGAUCUCCGCAACAACACCAUCUAUUCUGGGCUAUACGUUAUUGGCGACGAUGGCCUUGAACACCCAACAAUUCAGAUGUUCUGGAAAGUUAUGCAUGAGCUCAAGGACGAAGAACGCCGAGAGGUCCUCAAGUAUGUGACUUCGACACCAAGAGCGCCUCUGCUUGGGUUUUCACAACUAAGUCCCCGCUUCUCCAUCCGUGAUGGAGGCACCGAUGAAGAGCGACUUCCCAGCACGAGCACCUGUGUCAAUCUUCUCAAGCUCCCCAGGUACAGCUCGGCUGCUGUCUUGAAGAGCAAGCUAUUAUACGCCGUACAGUCAGGGGCUGGGUUCGAUCUAAGUUAAGAUGUUGUGAGCUGAGAGGUUUUAAUUGAGGGCAAUCAUGGUCGCCCAUCUGCUAGACAGAUUCGUCAGCACGGUAUUGUGAGGUAAUGCAUGGACUUUGGCCAGUUAGUGUAAUAAAUAUUGUCAACUAA